AUGGCCGACCCUAAGCCCACCAUCUCCUCUGCGGAAGAUAAAGAUAUGGGCGUUCACCAGCAUGCCGACUCUCCCGCGGCUGCUCCUCAACACCCGGAAGACCUCGCCGCAGAGGCAAAGCAGGCUGCUGACGCAGAGCACCAGAUGACCCUCCGCGAGGCCAUCAGGACCUACCCCAAAGCCAUCGGCUGGUCCAUAUUGCUCUCCUCCACUCUCAUCAUGGAGGGCUACGACCUCGCUCUGCUCGGCAACCUCUACUCUUCAAAGUACUUUAACCAAAAGUACGGAGCUUACAGCGAGGCCCAGGGCAAGUACGUGCUCUCCGCUGCCUGGCAGUCCGGCUUGUCCAACGGUGCCCGCGGCGGAGAGAUCAUCGGUCUCAUCCUCGCUGGCUGGACCGCCGAUAGGUACGGUUACAAGAUGACCACCAUUGGCUUUCUGAUUAUGAUGAUUGCCUUCAUUUUCGUGCUCUUCUUUGCGCCAAACGUGAAGAUCCUGGUUCUCGGAGAGGUUCUCUGCGGAAUUCCAUGGGGCGCGUUCCAGAGCGUCACGCCAGCCUACGCCUCCGAGGUGGCUCCUGUCGUCCUCAGACCGUACCUCACGACCUUCAUCAACAUGUGCUGGGUUAUUGGCCAAUUCUUCGCCGUCGCAGUCAACAAGGGCUCGUUCCAGCACGCCAACGAAUGGGCAUACAGAAUUCCCUUUGCAGUCCAAUGGGUUUGGCCCGUUCCCAUCCUCAUCGGCGUCUGCUUUGCCCCUGAGUCACCCUGGUGGUACGUCCGGCACAACGACAAGGCCGCCGCAAAGCGGUCCCUGCUCCGGCUCACGUCGCGCAACCAGCCGAAUUUCAACCCGGACGAGACGAUCGCCAUGAUCGAGCACACAAACGAGAUGGAGAAACGCGUCAAGGAAGGCGUCACCUACCGCGACUGUUUCAAGGGCACCGACCUCCGCCGCACCGAGAUCGUCAUCGGCAUCUGGCUCGUCCAGACCCUCGGCGGCCAGAACCUCAUGGGCUACUUCUCCUACUUCAUGGUGCAGGCCGGCAUGGACGCCAACAACUCCUUCUCGCUGUCCAUGGGCCAGUACGCCCUCGGCAUGGUCGGCACCGCGGGGUCCUGGUACCUGAUGCACAAGAUCGGCCGUCGCACGAUCCACUUCUCCGGCCUAUGCACGCAGUUCAUCCUGCUGCUCAUCGUCGGCUGUCUGUCCUUCGCCAAGUCCAACUCGUCCAUCUGGGCCAUCGGCGCCAUGCUCAUCAUCUUCACCUUCGUCUACGACUUCACCGUCGGGCCCGUGACGUACUCGCUCAUCUCUGAGCUCUCCUCGACCCGCCUCAAGGCCAAGACCAUCGUCAUGGCCCGCGCCGCCUACAACGCCAGCAACAUCUUCGUCAACGUCAUGACCAACUACCAGCUCUCCUCGACGGCCUGGAACUGGGGCGCCCGCACCGCCUUCUUCUGGGCCGGCACGUGUCUGCUGUCUUCCGUCUGGGUGUACUUCCGCGUGCCGGAGCCAAAGGGCCGCACCUACGCCGAACUGGACCUGUUGUUCGAGCACGGCGUUUCGGCCAGGAAGUUCGCGCAGACCAAGAUCGACCCUUACUCGCAGGAGCUCAACAGCGAGAAGAAGUUGGUCGAGGAGCACUGA